AUGGAGCACGACGGAAGAGACGGAGGACGCAGCUACUAUGAGAGCGAAGAGAGCGACGGCCAGUACCAGCAGCAUCGCCAGCAUCGCCAGCAACGAAGACAGAGACGAGGAAGCGAGGGCAUGACGGUGCCCUUCCCGGCACUGGUCGACUCCUCUCUCUCUACCCCCAGCCCUGGGCUGCGUGAUAACAACGGACACGGCGAGGAUGGGACGGGCUCGCUGCCGCCAGAGCUGCGCAGUGCGACUGAGCUGGGCGUCCUGACGCCGGCAGACACGACCAGGUCCAACUCGCCGCUGUCUGUCGCCUCAGGAGAGCUAGGCAUCGUCGCCUCACGCCGUCUCACCACCGAGAGCGUCCGCACGACCGCCAGCAUGCAGCCGACUGGGCCCUUUCGCGGCCUCAAGCGCUUCUGGUGGCAUCACGUCUCCGUUCGUGUCCCCAGAAAGCAGAACCGUGAUCACUUUGCCCUCGAGCGAACGUACCUGGCGUAUAUGAGAACUUCUCUCACCUUUGCCAUCCUGGGCGUCCUCAUCGCCCAGCUCUUCAGUCUCAAUCACGCCGUCGUCCACAACCCGCAGUUUGGCUUCCACCGGGUCGGCAAGCCCCUGGCCUGUGUCUGCCACGCCCUCGCCAUCCUCGUCGCCUUGGCCGGGGCCUAUCGUUUCUGGCGCCAACAGGACGCCCUCGCCAGGGGCAAGGUCUACGCCGGCGGACGGGAGCUCAACUUCAUCGCUCUCAUCUCUGCAGGGAUCAUCAUGGUGAUAUUCAUCCUGGUCAUCAUGAUUAGUGCAAAACGGGACAGCGAGACGAUAGGAGUUGUCGUCUCUUGA